AUGGACUAUCGCCUGGUACUGUUCCUCUACCGCAAAAAGGACAUCACGCACGCCGAAUUCAAAGACCACUACGAAUUCAUACACAUACCCCUCACCCGAGAGUUGACCGGCUCCCGUUUCCCCUCCCUGCACUCGAGGCGAUACAUUGAGCGAUCGACCAAGGACGAGCCGACCGUGCUCAUCGGCAGCAGUACCGGAGAGGAGCCAGAUGCUGUGGUAGAGAUUAGGUUCAAGGACGAGGAGGCGGCGCAGGCGUUCUUUACCGUGACGAACUCUGGAGAGGUCGAGCAGAGGUUGCGCAAGGACAUUGCGCAGUUUCUGGACUGGGAGAGGCUCAAGAUUAUGAGGAUUGGGGACGCUUUUGAGACGCGUAGGGAGGAUUGA